CUGCCCACGGCCGCACACACACACAGCCCACAGCCCUGCACCGCCGCCGGGAGAGCAGCACGACCCUCCAGCCCUCUGGCCGGCGGAGCUGUGGCGAGGCAGGAGAGCAUGAAGCCGGAGAGCUUCCCCGAGGAGAAUGGCAUCGGGGAGGGAAGGGCGGCUGGCCAGGGCGGUCUCACACCCGAGACCUGCCAGAAGAAACGCCGCUGGAUUCCGGAGAACUUCUGGGAGGACGUGAGGCAGCUGCUGGUGCUGGCGGCGCCGCUGAUCCUGAUCCAGCUGCUGAUCUUCCUGAUCCACCUUGUCAGCUCCAUAUUCUGUGGCCACCUGGGCAAGGUUGAGCUGGCCUCUGUCACGCUGGCCAUCGCUGUCAUAAAUGUCACUGCCAUCUCUGUAGGUUACGGUUUGACUUCAGCGUGUGACACCUUGAUAUCACAGACCUAUGGCAGCAAGAACCUGCUGCGCGUGGGGGUGAUCCUGCAGCGUGCCACCAUCAUCAUCCUCCUCUGCUGCUUCCCAUGCUGCGCCAUGCUCAUCAACGUCGAGGAGCUGAUGCUGGCCAUGAGGCAGGACCCCGAGGUCUCCAGGAUGACCCAGAACUACGUGAAUGCAUUUCUCCCUGCUCUCCCGGCGGUUUUCCUGUAUAACCUGGAGACAAGAUACCUGCAGAACCAGAUGAUCAUGUGGCCACUGGUGCUGAGCGGGGUCAUCGGCAACAUCGUCAACGUGAUUGCAAAUUACGUCCUCCUCAACGUGUUCCACCUGGGCAUCACGGGCUCUGCCUGGGCCAACACCACCGCUCAGUAUUCACAAACCAUUUUCUUGUUCCUGUACAUCAUAGGCAGGAAACUCCACGUGAACACCUGGGGAGGCUGGUCCAGCGAGUGCCUGUUGGAGUGGGACAGCUUCACCUCCCUGGCUAUCCCCAGCAUGCUCAUGAUGUGCAUCGAGUGGUGGACCUACGAGAUCGGGAGCUUCUUGAUAGGCCUGCUGAGCGUCGUCGAGCUCUCCGUCCAGUCCAUCAUCUACGAGGUGUCUGUUGUGGCUUUCAUGAUCCCCCUGGGGCUGGGCACAGCUGCCAGUGUGCAGGUGGGCAACGCGCUGGGCGCCGGCAACGCCGAGGCGGCCAAGAGAUCCUCCAGCACCAGCCUGAUCUGCACAGGGGUGUUCUCCGUAAUUGUGGGGUCCAUUUUAGCCACCACAAGGAACGUGCUGGGAUACAUCUUCACCAAGGACAAGGAAAUCAUUGACUUGGUGGCGUGGGUCAUGCCUAUCUACGUUGUCUUCCACCUGUUUGAAGCCAUGACUGGCGCCUGCAGUGGGGUGCUCAGAGGCAUCGGGAAGCAGAAAUUUGGUGCCAUCCUCAACGCCGUGAGUUACUACGGUGUGGGCAUGCCCCUGGCAGCUGUGCUGCUCUUCGUGGCCAAGAUCGGCGUCAUAGGCCUGUGGGUCGCGAUGCUCGCCUGCGUCUUCAUCCUCUGCACCUGCUUCACCACCUACAUCUACCGCCUGGACUGGGAGAAGGCAGCCAAGGAGGCUCAGUGCCGCGCAGGAGUGACCCAGCUGCCGCCUCCGGAGCUGCCCAGCCUGGGUCCCGAACAAUCCUGCAAGGAUCUGGAUGUGGCAUCAGCCCCCCAGCCCCACACUUACCUCCCUGCCAGGGCGGUGUUGGGGUCUGUCGCGGGAAUAGAAAUGCAGGAGGACGUUGUGCUGACGGGCAUCAUCACCAAGACCGAGGGUCCCGCGUCCCGGCUGGAGCUGCGGGAGGUCCCCUCGGCCGCCGCCACCCCCGCGGUCACCAAGCAGCUGAUCUUCCGCCGUGGGCUGGCCGUGGCCGCGGCCGUGGCCGCGCUGGCGCUCGGCAUCGCCGUGAAGCUGAUCACCAGCGCGGACUGACUCGCACCGAGGACUCUGGGGACUUGUUUUUGGGGUGGAAACCUUUCCUGAGCGUUACAAAGUGCGGAGCAGCCCGCGAGGAAAUGGAGCGCACGCGUGUCCCGCAGGAGCCGGAGGGGCUCUGGCAGUGUUGGGCAGCGUUUGU